AUGUCCAACUCGUCAUUUACAUCAAAUCUCGUGCUCCUUGUCCCUGAGCUUCCCACUGCUAUCGUCUCUUACCUCCCUAAUCCGGAUCUCAAGAGCCUUCGUCUGACGUGCAAGGCUCUGGGCGAGAAAGUUCCUCUCCAUUUCGAAAGGGUUUUCUUGUCUGCCAAUCCGCGAAACAUUGAAAUUGCAAGAGCAAUUGCUGAUAACGAAAAGUUUCGCAAAGGGGUCAAAGAGAUCAUAUGGGAUGAUGCUCUACUUGCCCACGAUAUAAGUCCUCCUCGGGCGGAAGAUGACCCUACUACCUGGUUUAUACGAGCUUGCAAGGACAACAUUAGGAAUUCAAGUGAUAAAUUAAGAAAUUUCAAAAGAUUUUUGCCAUUUUCUGAAUCAUGGAGUUACUACGAGACGCUUCUAGAGCAGCAGGAAGAAGUGCUAAGAUCUGGGGCUGAUUUUAAUGCAUUGACGUAUGUGUUGGAGCGCUUUCAAUCACUACGAAGAAUUACUAUUACGCCCGCCGCUCAUGGUAGUUUGGAUCGACCGCUUUACGAAACGCCCAUGAUAAAAUCUUUUCCAAAAGGUUUCAACUAUCCAAUCCCAUGCGACUGGCCAUCUUCUGGACCAUUUGGACUUCAUGCCUUGCCUCCAUGGGCUGCUAAGAAACGGUGGCGAGGGUUUUGUGUUAUCACCAACAUACUUGCAGGAUGGAAUGACCACCAUAUCCUAGAGCUAAUCAUCGAUGUUAGAGAACUCGAAACAGGAAUGAGUUGUCGUGUCUAUGAUGAACCAUGUGAGGAGUAUGAUAAUCUUGUUCAUCUACUUCAACAGCCAGGCUUCUGCCGCAUAUAUCUCGCCCUACUUGCUGGUGGACAGGAUUAUGUUGACGACUGGUUCAGUUUCCGCAGUGGUCACUUGAAAAAAAUAUUCGAGGCAGCGCCUGACUUAGAGCAUUUAGACUACAAAUAA